CAUAUUAGUACAUGGUGAGUCAUGUCUUCAAGCCAUGCAAAGGACUCCAGCUUUUUGGGAGGCAGGAUACCACCAGAAAUCGAGUCAAUGUCGAAAAACCUAAAGGAUGUGGACCAAGAGAUGUUCAGAAAAAUACUGAAAGCUGUGGUCAGUGCCCUGGAGGGGAAGGACUGCAGAGACGUGAUGAAGUCGAUAGCAGAGAGCAGCACCAUCCCCCAGGAGAGGCUCGGUCACAUCGUAGCUGGGAUGUACAGAGUGCUUUCUGAGGCCGUCCGCAUCCCCACAUCGUUACUUAAACAGGAGGCCUUCAAAGAAGAUCUUAGAGAACUGAGGGUACCUGAAGACUUUAUCACAGAUUUCUCCAGUGUGGUUUUUGGCAAUCGACGUGCAGCUCUAGAGGCAGCGACCUCCCAGAACGAUCCUCAGCUCCCCAAAGUGGAAGACUUUAAAUGGAGAGUGGAUGUUGCCAUUUCUACAAGCUCUUUAGCCAGAGCCCUGCAGCCUUCUGUUCUGAUGCAGAUGAAACUAUCAGACGGGAGCAUUCACCGCUUUGAGGUGCCUGUGUCUAAAUUCCAGGGGCUCCGUUACAACGUGGCUCUGAUUCUCAAAGAGAUGAACGACCUGGAGAGGAGGAGCAUUCUCAAAAUCCAAAAUUGAUUUACCAUGCGGGGCUGUUAUUUAAUUAAAACUCUCUUCUACUUAGUAUAUAGAAUUUUGUAAAUUGCACCAAAUGCCGCUCAUUUGAAUCAUUUCAAGUAUGAUAUUAUGAAAGAUAAUAGUAAUCUGCCUGUCAUGAUGUUAUGAUUUGAUGGUGUUGGCGCCACUAUAUGUGACUGUUGAGUGCAAAAUGAUAAGAAUAGUUAGCCAGCUGGCUGCACCACAGUACCUAAUGACCAGACGGAAGACAAGAAGACAAGGACUCAAGACAGUUUCCUGUGCCUACACUUAAAAACAAAUCUAUAAAUUCAGACUGUAUCACUCUUUCUCUUGCUGUGUUAUAAACUGUAUAUAUUAGCAUUAUCCAGUUCAGUGCUUGUUGGGAGAUUUGAAACAGCUGCAAAGCCUCCAUUGUGCCAAAAUACAAAUGCAGUCAAGUGAGGAUCACAGCACUCUCUUACUAAGUGGCCACUUUAACUGGUGUCAUGUAAUCUGGUCUGUUGUUUUAGACUGAUCAUUUUGUUCGCAUGCUUCUGAAUCAUGGGGAUGUGCAAGUCAAAGAAUGAACAAGGUGAUUUUUUUUCUACUCAUGUUUUUAUACAUGUAAUUCAAACCAGUGACAGAACAAAAGAUUUACUUGUCAUUUGGGUUGUAGCACUAUUGUAUAAAAAGUAAAAUGAUUUUUCGGUUAUUUUGUAUGUGUUUUCCAUGAUAACAUCAAGAAGUUUUACCUGUAGAACCACAUUUCUCUAAUAAAAUCUGUCCAUUGCUGUGAUUGCAAA